GAUAAUGACUUCUGAUGGGAACCAGAGUAGUGAUGCGACAGAGUUCGUCCUGGCAGGGUUCCCAAAUCUCAACAGCGCAAGAGUGGUAUUAUUUUCUGUGUUUCUUCUUGUCUAUCUCCUGAUUCUGACAGGCAAUGUGUUGAUUGUGGGGGUGGUAAGAGCUGAUACUCGACAACAGACCCCCAUGUACUUCUUUCUGGGUAACCUGUCCUGCCUUGAGAUUCUGCUGACUUCUGUCAUCAUUCCAAAGAUGCUGAGCAAUUUCCUCUCAAGGCAACACACUAUUUCCUUUGCUGCAUGUAUCACCCAAUUCUAUUUCUACUUCUUUUUCGGGGCCUCCGAGUUCCUACUGUUGGCUGUCAUGUCUGUGGAUCGCUACUUAGCCAUCUGUCAUCCUCUGCACUACCCCUUCCUCACGAGUGGGGCUGUGUGAUUCCGUGUGGCCUUGGCCUGCUGGGUGCGGGGCUUCACCCCUGUGCUUGGUCCCACAGUGGCUGUAGCCUUGCUUCCUUUCUGUAAGCAGGGUGCUGUGGUGCAGCACUUCUUCUGUGACAGUGGCCUGCUGCUUCGCCUGGCAUGCACCAACACCAAGAAGCUGGAGGAGACUGACUUUGUCCUGGCCUCCCUUGUCAUUGUAUCCUCCUUGCUCAUUACUGCUGUGUCCUAUGGCCACAUUGUCCUGGCUGUCCUGAGCAUCCCCACUGCUUCAGGCCGUCAGAAGGCCUUCUCUACCUGUACCUCCCACUUGAUAGUGGUGACCCUCUUCUAUGGAAGUGCCAUUUUUCUCUAUGUGCGGCCAUCACAGAGUGGCUCAGUGGACACUAACUGGGCAGUGACAGUAGUAACAACAUUUGUGACACCACUGCUGAAUCCAUUCAUCUAUGCCUUAUGUAGACAAGUUAAGGAAGCUUUAAAGGACAUGUUUAAGAAGGUCGUGGCAGACUUUGUAGGGAAUCUUUUACUUGAUAAGUGUCUCAUUGAGAAAACAGUAAGGUGAAAGUGAAGAGACUCAGUAACUAAUCUUUUCUUUUUUCCAGAAAAUUCCUAACUUUUUUUUUUCUUGAGAAAGAGUCUCAUUCUGUCAUCCAGGCUGAAGUGCAGUGGUGUGAUCUUGGCUCACUGCAACCUCCACCUCCCGGGUUCAAGUGAUUCUUCUGCCUCAGCCUCCCAAGUAGCUGGGAUUACAGGUGUGAGCCACUGUGCCCAGCCUAUUUAUUUAAUUUUUGAGACAAGGUCUCACCCUCUGGCUCAGACUGGAAUGCAGUGACACGAUCAUGGCUCACUGCAGCCUCUAACUCCUAGGCUCAAGGAAUCCUCAUUUGUUGGCUUCCCAACAUGCUGGGAUUAUAGG